AUGGCUUCUCCAGCUCCAGCUCCGACUCCAGCUCCAACUCCAGCCCCAACCGACCUUCAGCCGGGACCUGCCGCAACGAAUGAAAUGGCUUUGGACCAUUACAAGAAAUUCAUGAAGAUGGCCAGUGACGCGCUGGAGUCGUGGGCAAAUGGUACCUCCACUCUAUCCCAAGAAAUGAAGGCAGACCUAGCAAGUAGCUUUCUCGAUGAACAUAGGAUAUUCUGGCUGCGAUGGAGGACCGUGAACAAGAGGCUAAUGACGACGAGCCCUAUUCGCUGGAUCGAUGAUCGAGGUGAUGAUAUUGGCCGGAAACUGUUGCAAAUCAGGAAUAAGCUGAGAACGAAGCAGGAGGUUUCAGUUGUUACAAAGGGGUUAAUGAGAGAGGUCGUGAAGAUCUGGUUCGGGCUGAAGUACAACGAGUAUUUCGGGAUAUCCGGUGUUUUACACGGCCGCUCUAAGAAUGGAAGGACAGACUGGGGUCGUAAAAGAUGA